AUGACGGAAAAAGAAGCGAAAUAUAAGUGGAGGAGAGGUCGAACAUUGGGAAAAGGAAGCUAUGGUUUUGUUUCAUUGGCUUUUACUAAUACUGAUGAUACCCCUUCUCCUACCAUACCAUCUCUCAUUGCCGUUAAAUCUUGUAGGUUGAACAACUCUCGAUCUCUUCGAAAUGAAAGAAAAUUCUUAAGAAUAUUUGAGGAUUGUCCUCAAAUUAUUCGAUGUUUUGGAUUUAAAGUCACUUGCAAAGAUGGCUUAUAUCUUUACAAUUUGGAGCUUGAAUAUGCCUCAGCUGGGAGCCUAGCUGAUCGUAUUCAUGAACGAGGAGGAUUGCCUGAGUUUCAAGUCAAAAAGUAUACCAAAAAUGUUGUUUUAGGGCUCAGUUUGAUUCACAAAAAAGGGAUAAUUCAUUGCGACAUAAAACCCCACAAUAUUCUUCUUACUACUGAUGAGGUGGCAAAGAUUGCUGACUUCGGGCUUUCCAUAACUUUGCAACAGAUCAACUCCGGGGACGAGGUGGGGCUCAGAGGAACUAAAAGGUAUAUGGCACCUGAAGCUCUACUCAAGGAGGAGUAUUCCCCAGGAUUUGAUAUUUGGUCUCUUGGAUGCACUGUUUACGAGAUGAUUACUGGAAAACCCCUAUGGGAAUCAUCAGAUAUUAUGUUGAACCGAAAUAAGUAUGAGGAACCAGAUAUUAAAAAUCCUAAACUGUCUACUGAGGCAAAAGAUUUCCUAAAUAAUUGUCUGGUCAGGAAUCCAAGCGCGCGUUGGAGUGCAGACAUGCUCUUGAAUCACUCUUUUCUGAAAUCAGCUGAGGAUGUCCAGCCUCCAGAUGCGAAGAAGAGGCAAUGUGCUGACAUGUCUUUGAUUUGCAAGAAACGCGCAAAGACAACAUUCACGACACAGCCACACAUUCCUGAUUUGGUUAUACAAGUUGAUUCAGAUUCUACAGACGGAAACUAGAUUGUGCCCAAAGAUGCUAGUUUCUAGUUGACUAUAAAACACUGGUUUGUAAUGUAACAACUAGAUAUGAGCUUGUGACCGAAAUGAUCUCAGGUGU